AUGCUUCCUGUACUUCUUGGGCUCCUAGCGGGGUUCCUCUCCGCGUGCCCCGAGGGCGAAAUCGAGGUCGACGGGGAGUGCUACCCGGAGGCGUGCGUCUUCGACGGAACAGUCUGCGCGGGCCACGGGGUCUGCAUGGUGAACUAUUGCUAUUGUGACGACGGCUACAGACUGUCGAACGCCGGGUGCACGCCUGCGGAGUGUACGGAUAGCAUGGGGCUUGUCUGCGGCGAUCACGGUGUCUGCAAGAGGGGCCCGGAUGGCUUUUCCUGCGCUUGCGACGAGGGCUACACAAGCGUCUCCCCGACGUGUGCUCCCGACGAGUGCGUGCACGACGGAAAGAUAUGCGGUGGAGCUGGAGUGUGUGUUGCUGAGGAUGGCACGCCUGCUUGCGUCUGUGAUCCCUUCUACGCUGGGACCUUCUGCGAGGAGUGCGCACCCGAUGCGGUCCUUUUCGAAGACCACUGCGUCGACCAGCGUUGCCUCAGCGAGAACCACGAGGGCGACACUGUAGAGUGCGGGGGCUUCGGAGUCUGCUUCCUCUACCCCAUCGGGAUCAUUUCCUGCAUCUGCUACCCGAGCACUGUCCUCGACAACUACAAGUGUGUUCCGUUCACGUGUGCGUCCCAGCCGGAGGACAGGAUCGUGGCCUGCAGCGAUCGCGGGAUCUGCGAGCCAGACAGAACAUGCCGCUGCGACGAGGGCUUUGAGGGCGACGUCUGCCAGUACAAGAUUAUCGACUGCCCUGCGGGUACGCGCUACUUUGAGGGUCAGUGUGUGACCGAUGGGUGCAUCUCCCCCGACGGACACGUCUGCGGUGACCACGGGGUUUGCGCAAACAACGCGUGCACCUGCAACGAGGGGUACGAGCUCAUCGAUAAGAACGUCUGCAUGCCAUCCAACUGCAUCGUCGACGGAGAGGUGUGCCCGUACGGGACAUGUGAGCGCGAAGGCAUGUCCUGGACGUGUGUAUGCCGCGCAGAGUAUGUGCCCUACAAUGGCAAGUGCUACCCCAAUUCCUGUGUCACUGACAUCCUUCCAAAUGGAGAUCCCAAGCUCUGCUCUGGAGUGGGCCAAUGCGACAUGGAGGCUCGCCGCUGCAUCUGCCUUUCAAGUCACACUGGGACAUACUGCCAGAAGUGCAGCGAUGAGGCGCUCCUACUUAAUGGAAGAUGUGUUGCGCUUGCGUGUGUAAGCCACGACCUUGAUGGUAAUCCUCUUGAGUGUGAUGGGCGUGGACGGUGUAUAGCAUCUAUGCUAGUCGACUAUCCUCAGGAAUAUACCUUUGUCUGCAGUUGCGACCCUGGCUAUCUUGCUCUCGAUACAGGUACAUGUUCCCAUGUCAAGUGCCUAAAUCGCGAUCUUUCCUUCAAGCCCAUCUGUAGUGGCGUUGGCUUCUGUCUCGGACCCGAGGGUUGUGCAUGUCCCGAGGGCUACAGUGGUACGCGCUGUGAAAACCGGGAAUGCCCUGAAGGCGAGACGGCAGUUCUGGCCUGGGGCUGCGUCCCGGAUGCGUGCGUUACUGAAUAUGCAGACGGUGUCCGGCGCGUUUGUGCCGGGUUCGGGCACUGCAUAACAGAGGACGGGGUCGCUCGGUGCCGCUGCAACAGAGAGGCAGAACUCAUUGACGGUGUUUGCACAACCCCAGCGUGCAUUGGGACCGAUGGAAUUGUAUGCAAGGGAAGAGGGAUCUGUCGCGACGGAGCCUGUUUCUAUAGCGAUUGA